AUGCCAGUUGGCGUGCUGACGGACGAGGCGCCUCUGAAGAUGCGGGCAGAGGCGGAGCGGCUGAAGGCGGCAGGCGUGGACCCGCAGAAGGCGGUCGCCAUCGUCAAGGGGCAGGCUGGCGGCAAGGCCAGGAUGGCGCUGGACGGCCACACGCAGGAGGGGACGAGCAUCGCCGCCCAGAAGAUGGCCUGCGUGCUGAUGGACAAGAGGAUGCAGGCGGAGGCGGAGGAGCUGGAGGCGGCAGGCAUGUCCCGCCAGAAAGCGACCGCUACUGUCAGGGGGAGGGCUGACGCUGCAGGGCAGGUCAAGAAGGCCCUGGAGGAGCGCCCCUUCCGGUUUGAAGCCUUCAGCAAGCUGGUGCUGAAGAAGGUGGUCAACGAGGUGGUGGCGGCAGCCGGCGGCGGCGCCAUCUAG